AUGAAGAUCGAGGAGGUGCAAUCCACCACCAAGACUCAGCGCAUUGCGACCCACAGCCACAUCAAAGGCUUGGGGCUUGCCGAGGAUGGAACAGCUGAGCAGGUGGCGAGCGGCCUUGUCGGGCAGGAGAAAGCCAGGGAGGCCUGUGGCGUUACCGUGGAUCUCAUCAAGUCCAAGAAGAUGGCGGGCAGGGCGCUGCUGAUGGCAGGUGCGCCGGGCACCGGCAAAACCGCAUUGGCGUUGGCCGUGGCGCAGGAGCUGGGUACAAAGGUGCCUUUCUGCCCGAUGGUGGGCAGUGAGGUCUACUCAUCAGAGGUCAAAAAGACCGAGAUCCUGAUGGAGAACUGCCGUCGGGCCAUAGGGAUCCGAAUAAAGGAGACCAAAGAGGUCUACGAGGGCGAGGUGACGGAACUGACCCCCGAGGAGAGACCCGACCCCACGGGAGGUUAUGGCAAGAAGGUCACCGCCGUGGUGAUAGGUUUGAAGACAACGAAGGGUACAAAGACCCUGAAGUUGGCGCCCCAAAUCUAUGAAAGCCUGCAGAAGGAGAAGGUCACAGUGGGCGAUGUCAUCUACAUCGAGGCAAACAGCGGUGCUGCAAGAAGAGUGGGCCGUAGCGAUAGCUUCGCGACCGAGUUCGAUCUCGAGGCUGAUGAGUAUGUGCCGGUGCCGAAGGGCGAUGUGCACAAGAAGAAAGAGGUUGUACAGGAUGUGACCCUGCAUGACUUGGACCAGGCCAACGCCAAGCCACAGGGUGGUCAGGACCUGCAAAGCCUCAUGGGCAGCUUCCUCAAGCCCCGGAAAACGGAGAUCACCGAGAAGCUCCGCCUAGAGAUCAACAAAGUUGUAAACAGGUACAUCGACCAAGGCAUAGCCGAGCUCAUUCCGGGCGUGCUUUUCAUAGAUGAGGUGCACAUGCUCGACAUUGAGUGUUUCACAUAUCUGAACAGGGCACUCGAGUCGACGCUCAGCCCCAUCAUCAUUUUCGCCACGAACAGAGGUAUCUGCACCAUCCGUGGCACGGACAUCGUGGCACCUCACGGAAUCCCUGUGGACCUGCUGGACCGGCUUGUCAUCAUCAGGACCAUGCCAUACUCCGUGGAUGAGAUCAUCCAGGUUGUGAAUAUCCGGGCGCAGACAGAAGCUCUUACCCUUGAGGAGGAUGCACUUGUCCUGCUUGGUGAGAUUGGCGCGAACACGUCGCUGCGAUACGUUGUCCAGCUGCUCACCCCGGCCUCCAUCCUUGCCAAGACCAAUGGCCGAGAGGCGAUAAUGCGAGAAGACAUCGAGGAGAUUGACUCGUUGUUCUUCGAUGCCAAGUCCUCGGCCAAAUUGCUUGCCGAGCAAGCAGACAAGUACAUCUCCUGA